GGAAUCAGACGUUCGGGAGUGGCCUGGCGCACUGCUCCAGCGUCCGCUGCGCUACCGCCAGCUCUCCUGAGCGGGCCGUACAAUCCUCGGCAGUGUCCUGAGACUGUAUGGUCAUCUCAGCCGCCGCGGCCGCCCGCCCCGGAUUCUACUAACUGUGGUCGUCGGAGCCACUUUUUCUUUCUUUCAUUUUUUCAACACCCAGGAAUUCGAGGAAAGAAGGAAUUUGGUCCUCUUCUCGCUGCCCUCUUUCUGGCAUUUGACAGCCUCCUCCCACUCCUUUCCUUGACCCCGCCUCCCGGUGCAGGUUCCUCCCUGUCACCUUUCUCCACCCCCUUUCCCCGCACCUAACCAGCCGCCCGCAAACUUCCACCUGACUUGUGUGCGGCUCCUGGCCUGCGAGCACUUAGGACUUUUAACACUGGACGGAACCUCAGAGAGGGAGGAAGGGCCACAGCAACGGCAGCGGCUGCAGCCCCCACAGGCUGGGAAGCCCAAGUGCUCGGCGUCUCAAAGGACCGCGGCAACAAUGACAGCUGACAAGGAGAAGAAAAGGAGUAGCUCGGAGAGGAGGAAGGAGAAGUCCAGGGAUGCAGCGAGGUGCCGGAGAAGCAAGGAGACGGAGGUCUUCUAUGAGCUGGCCCACGAGCUGCCGCUGCCCCACAGCGUGAGCUCCCACCUGGACAAGGCCUCCAUCAUGCGCCUGGCUAUCAGCUUCCUGCGAACACACAGGCUCCUGUCCUCAGUUUGCUCUGAAAAUGAGUCUGAAGCUGAGGCUGACCAGCAGAUGGACAACCUGUACCUGAAGGCCUUGGAGGGUUUCAUUGCCGUGGUGACCCAAGACGGUGACAUGAUCUUUCUGUCGGAGAACAUCAGCAAGUUCAUGGGACUCACACAGGUGGAGCUAACAGGACACAGUAUCUUUGACUUUACUCAUCCCUGUGACCAUGAUGAGAUCCGUGAGAACCUGAGUUUCAAAGAUGGCUCUGGAUAUGGGAAGAAAAGCAAAGACAUGUCCACGGACCGGGACUUCUUCAUGAGGAUGAAGUGCACUGUCACCAACAGAGGCCGCACCGUCAACCUCAAGUCAGCCACCUGGAAGGUCUUGCACUGCACCGGCCAGGUGAAGGUCUACAACAACUGCCCCCCUCACGGUGCUCUCUGCGGCUACAAGGAGCCCCUGCUGUCCUGCCUCAUCAUCAUGUGUGAGCCCAUCCAGCACCCGUCCCACAUGGAAAUCCCCCUGGACAGCAAGACCUUCCUGAGCCGCCACAGCAUGGACAUGAAGUUCACCUACUGCGAUGACAAAAUCAAAGAUCUGAUUGGUUACCACCCAGAGGAGCUGCUGGGCCGUUCAGCCUAUGAGUUCUACCAUGCACUGGACUCCGAGAACAUGACCAAAAGUCACCAGAACUUGUGCACCAAGGGUCAGGUGGUGAGUGGCCAGUACCGGAUGCUGGCAAAGCAUGGCGGCUACGUGUGGCUGGAGACGCAGGGGACGGUCAUCUACAACCCUCGCAAUCUGCAGCCCCAGUGCAUCAUGUGUGUGAACUAUGUCCUGAGUGAGAUUGAGAAGAAUGAUGUGGUCUUCUCCAUGGACCAGACAGAAUCCCUGUUCAAGCCACACCUGGUGGCCAUGAAGGGCAUCUUUGACAACAGUGGCGAGGUGGCUGUGUCUGAGAAGAGCCAGUUCCUGUUCACCAAGCUGAAGGAGGAGCCGGAGGAGCUGGCCCAGCUGGCCCCCACUGCGGGAGACGUCAUCAUCUCCCUGGAUUUCGAGAACCAGAACUUUGAGGAGUCAUCAGCCUAUGGCAAAACCAUCCUGGCCCCCAACCAGCCGUGGGCUGAGGAUUUGCGGGGCCACAUUGCCCAGAGCGAGGCCGGGAGCCUGCCCGCCUUCACCAUGCCACAGGCGGCCACCCCGGGGAACACCAGCCCCAGUGCCACCAGCAGCAGCUGCUGCUCCACGCCCAGAAGCCCUGAAGACUACUACACGGCUCUGAGUGAUGAUCUGAAGAUGGAGGUGAUUGAGAAGCUCUUUGCCAUGGAUACAGAGGCGAAGGACCAGUGCAGCACCCAGCUGGACUUCAACGAGCUGGACUUGGAGACCCUGGCGCCCUACAUCCCCAUGGAUGGGGAGGACUUCCAGCUGAGUCCCAUCUGCCCCGAGGAGAAGCUCCUGCCCGAGAGCCCUCAGUUCAUCCCUCAGCACUGCUUCAGUACCAUGUCGAACAUCUUCCAGCCUCUGGCCCCUGGGGCUUCCCACGGCCCCUUCUUCCCGGACAAGUAUCAGCAGCAGCUGGAAAGCAGGACCAUAGAGCCCGAGCACCAGCCCAUGUCCUCCAUCUUUUUCGACGGUGGAAGCAAAGUGUCCCUGCCAUCGUGCUGUGGCCAGGCCAGCAUCCCUCUCUCUUCUUUGGGGGGAAGAUUCAACACACAGUGGCCCCCUGAUCCACCAUUGCAUUUGAGGCCCAUGAAGUGGUCUGUUCGCGAUCAGCAUGCUGGGGCCUUGGGGGCAUCACCAUUGGGGCCCCCCGUCACUUCGCCCCAUCUCUCCAUGUUCAAGAGGUCUGCCGACGGCUUCAGGCCUCAGGGCCCAGACAGGAUGAGCCGGGCCAUGGUAGCCCUGUCCAACAAGCUGAAGCUGAAGCGACAGCUGGAGCACGACGAGCAAGCCUUCCCAGACAUGAGUGGGGGGGACCCUCCAGGAAGCGGCCCUUCGCAUCUGAUGUGGAAAAGGAUGAAGAGUCUCAGGGGCUGCGGGAACUGCCCUCCGAUGCCCGACAAGCAGCCGAGUGCGAACGUCCCCAGUGGUGAGUUCACCCAAAAUCCCAUGAGCGGCCAGAGUCAGCCUCUGAGACACCUGCCGCCACCGGAGCCGCCAUCGGCCAUGAGCCCGGAGGAGAACGCGGAGGGCGGCUUCCCCGCGCAGUGCUGCGCUUUUCCGUACCAGGACUACGGCCUGCCCGCGGCUCCCAAGGCGGAAGAUAUGGCGAGCCAGCUGCUCGGGCCGUCGUUUGAGCCCUACCUGCUGCCCGAAUUGACCAGAUAUGACUGUGAGGUGAACGUUCCUGUGCCAGGAAGCUCCACGCUCCUGCAAGGAGGGGACCUUCUCCGAGCCCUGGACCAGGCCACCUGAGCUGGAGCCUCCGCCAGGGCAGGCACCCCGCCGCGCCAUCCUGCCGGCUUCACUCUCUACAUCUAUUUUGGCAACUAGGUAUUUCUAACACCAACACACUUUUUACAAGAUGUACUUACCUGGCAAACUUGCCCAGGUUACCAAGUAAUGGCCUUUUUCUGAAGAUGCUCACUUUAUGAUCCAUAGUUUUCAAAUACACACUUGUUUCACCUGCUGUGUUUUACUCUGUCAAUGAAAAUGUUCUUAAAUUUUGUAAGAUUUUUCCCCCCACUUCAAUUACUUCUAAUUUAUAUUAUUCCUAGGCCUCUCUUUCAUGCACACUCGGUAGUCCUACUAACAAGUUUGGUGUCUGAUUUCUACUGUAAGGGACGCUUUGGCUUCGCUGAACUCAAAUGAUGUUGUUGUUGCCAAAGAGAAACAAAAUAAUUUUGCUUUCCAAGCUUGCUCUGUGGCUCGCCUCCCACAGCCCUUUUCCUUUCUUUUUUAAAACGAAUCAGCAUAUUGUAAAUUUCAGCCUUUUUUUAAAGCCAGAUCUUUGCUCUCAUUUUGAUGACUUUUGGGGAAAUAAAGGAAAUGUGAAGGGUGAACUCCAGUGUAUGCGCUUGUCUGUGACGGCUGCAGUGGCUUUUCCUAGACUGUUCGGUGUUCCCCACAUUCGUGGAUUGUUUUUUAAUUCUUCUUCUUCAAAACCACAAGUUUUCUUUUCUUAGAUUUCUAUCUGGGCUAAGAGUUUAUCAUAUAUAUGGGUACUUUGUAAUAUCUGAAAACUCAGAAACGGAAUGGAAGCCUCACAAAAUCACUUUAGGAUCUUUCUGGAGCUGCCCCUCCUGACCCGCGGACACGCGGAGGGCGGCGCUCCCACGGCCGCCGGACACCGCUCCAGGUUCCGCCCGCUGGCCUCUGCGGGGGCGCCGCGGCGGGCCCAGCACCCACGGAGCGCGCCGUGGCGAGGGAGCACUGCGCGCUGCCUUUUCCUCGUGCUCCGCGUGUAUCGUGUAUGUAUGUAUAUAUUAUUGUUGCUGCCAAGAGGGUCUGACGGCGCAUCUGAGGCAAGGACGUGCUUUCACUGUCCCUGGUCUUACUGCUGGCCUGCAGGUGCACUGAGCUGUGUGGCUCUGACGGGCUGUCUCGUGGCACAUGUGGAUGUUUCCGGAACCACUGUGCGAUGGUUUAGGCAGGAAUCCAGGAAAGAAAGGAAGGAUUCAGAAAGGUGGGAGUGACCCAGUCCCUGUCUUCCCAGCUUACCACCUGGAGCAGGACUGAGAGAGGAUGCAGAAAGGGGGGCAGCUGGUCCUGACCAGCCCCAGCCCGGUGCCCCCGCUGGCAAGCAGCAGGCAGACCUGGGGGCAGCCCCCGCCUCAGGCCCUCCCCCAGGUCUGUGUGUCACUUGAAGUGACUUGUAUAGGUAGGAAGCACUGGAAAUAGAGAGGUCUCAGAGCACUUUAACUCACUGGGUAAGAGGGAUGAUACCUUCAGUUUUUAAAUACCAAUCACAUAGAACCUAUCUGUCAUGGGUACAAUGAAGAAGUUGCUAGAAACACACACCUUAAGCACAACAGGCCAAGAAUUAGGUAAGCUUGGAUGGACUCACUGCCAAAAACAAAAUUUAGAUCAUUUCUCUCACAUAACCUAGAUUCCUUUUGAAAUUUGUUCAGUGUGUUUGCCCAAAUCAUACCUAAGCACCCCAGCUUCGUUCCCCACACGGCGACCGAGCCCGCAGGGCCACGGCCACGCCGCUGGGGUCAAGUCCUGCGUGUGUGUCUCGGCAUCGAGGGUGUUCCAACCUUACAGUUUUACUAAAACACUCUGAAAAGUAUUCCGAGCUUCACUAUUAACUUCACCUAUCGAUGUAAUGAUUUCCUGUACAUUAUUAUUUUGUUGAAUUCCUACUGACAACAUUAUUACUGUAUGGGAGCUUAACUUUAUAAGGAAAUGUAUUUUGACACUGAUAUCUUAUUAAAGUA